UAAUAUUUUUAAAUCUUUAAAUAUAAACUCAGAAUUCUAAGGAAAAAAAAUGAAUUGCCUGAUUGGAAAAAAACAUUAGAAUUGUGAGACUUAAACUCAGAAUUGCAAGAAAAAUAUCAGAAUUCUAAAAUUUAAAAAGUUGCAUCUACCCUUUUUUAAUAUGUAAUGUUUUUAAAUAUUUAAACAAACUCAGAAUUCUAAGAAAAAAAUUUGUAUCGCCACAUUAAAGUAAAAAAAAACAGAAUUGUGAGUAAAAUGUUAGAAUUUUAAUGUUUCAUGCAAAUAACUCACAUGUAUCUCACAUUUUUAUUUUUAUUUUUUUCUCAGAUGUAUUUAUUUAUUUGUUUUUUUUAUAGUGAAAAACAAAACUGAUUGUAACAUUGGCCCAAUCUCCGGUCUGUCUGCUAUCAGGCAGUAAACACGGAUCGUCCCGGCGCCGUUCACUGCUUGCGUGCAGCAGCUGCGUCUGUGUUUACUGUCCCUGGAUGAUCAUAAUGCUGAAGCAAAUGCUGCUGCUUACUGGUGUAAAAUGAAUACAGACAGAUUUACUGUCAUCACAAACAAAUGCUUCCAUUGAGAAUGAGCUUGGGAAGUAUGUAAAACUGCUGGGAGUUUAUGUUAGAAGGAUCUUUGGGAUUUGCAAGAAUUUGGUACCAUAAAAAUACCAUGUAAGCGUCACCAUGGCAACACAGUGAGUCGACCUUUGACCCUCGGGAUUGAGGUGGAGCCAUAAUGAUAUCCGGCAGCAUUGCAGGGCGCUGGGCUUUAUGAUUUAUGAGCGCUGUGUGUCAGACUCAGAGUGUUUCUGUAUCAGUGACUUCUGUCUGUGGAUUUACUUUGGCUCUAAGACAGACUGUCACCAUCCCAUAAGACUCAUCGCCAUGACAACCUCAGAACCAAUCAGAUUCCGUGUCUUCUCUCUUAACUGCUGGGGGGUCCGAUACCUCAGUAAGAACUGCAAAGAGCGGUUUGUUAUGAUCGGAGACCUGCUGAAUCAGGAACAGCUUGAUAUAGCGUUACUACAGGAGGUGUGGUGUGAGAAAGACUUUCUGUUUUUAAAGAAGAAGCUUAGCAGCGUCUAUCCAUAUUCCCAUUAUUAUAAAAGUGGAUUUAUAGGGAGCGGACUGGCCGUGUUUUCCAAACAUCGAAUCCAUGAUGCAUUUCUGUACAGAUUCUCAUUAAAUGGAUAUCCAUACAUGGCUCAACAUGGCGACUGGUUUGGUGGUAAGGGUGUUGGGAAGAUCUUGCUUAACAUCAAUGGGCUGAAGAUUCACGUUUUUGUCACUCAUCUGCAUGCAGAAUAUUGCAGAGAGAAAGACUCGUAUCUGCCGCACCGAGUGGUUCAAGCCUGGGAGCUGCAACAGUUUGUAAGGCACACUAGUGUUGGAGGAGACGUGGUGAUUCUGGGUGGAGAUCUGAACAUGCACCCGGACGAUCUGGGCACUCGACUGUUGAGAAACUACACAGGACUUCAGGACAGCUUCAGUGAGGCUGCUAACUUUGAUGGAUGUGAGGAAGGAUACACUCAUGUAUCUGAAAACCCUUACACAAACGCAGAUAGUCUUGUUCCAUUUGGAGGAGGAAUCCGGAUAGACUACAUCCUGUUCAAGGGAUCAGGGGAAGUGGAUGUGAGCUGUGAGUCUUUGUCCACCACUAAAGGUCCGGUUCCUGGACAUCCCUUUCCGUACUCUGACCACGAGGCUCUCACAGCUGAGUUCCUGUUUACACCGACUACAAAGGGAAACGGGUGCUCAAAGAGACAAUCUGGAUGUGUUUCAGAUAAGCUUCCUGAGCUGGUCAACACAGUCAAUGAAGCUCGUACUGAAGUAAAGGUGGGUCUCCACUGCGCUGAGCGCAUGCGUCACACCGCGGCACGUACAGGCAUUAUGGGUCUCGUCCUGUUAGUGCUCGAGCUAGCAAUCGCCGCUGUCCCAUUGUUUGCUCUGGGAGCUGAACAGCCCUUUCCCAAAGCCUCUUUCUACCUGCUGGGGGCGCUGUGUUUUGCCAUUCUCCUCACCACUCUGAUGCUGUACAUCUUCUACAGCAUGGAGGUAAAGGCACUGCAAGGCACUGAGGACCAGAUGAGACUGGCACUAAGUAGCCUUCAAGAACAGCUUAAGGAGUCCCCCAAGGUUUUAUCCUCAGACCGUUUGUGAAAUCCACUAGACGGCAAGGAUUCGGUUCAUUUGUAGACAGAUAGUUAAACCAAAUGUGAUGUUUGAAUGGAAUUAUGAACUUUUUAUGAAAUUGUGAAAAUCACUAUUUUAUGAUGUCUUAAUUGAACACUUGUCCGGUUUUAUUAACUAUGCAGCUUUUUCACAUCAAUAUCAAGGAUACUUGUUCCUGGGAGCAAAGAAACCAUAAAACUAGACAGAAGUUAGUAAAAUCAUUACUUGCAUGACUGAUCUGCACUACCAGGCAAAAGGUUUUGAACGGUAAGAUUUUUCAUAUUUUUUAAAGAAGUCUCUUCUGCUCACCAAGCCUGCAUUUAUUUGAUCCAAAGUGCAGCAAAACUAGUACAUUUUUAAAAAUAUUUUUACUAUGUAAAAUAACUGUUUUCUAUGUGAAUAUAUUUUAAAAUGUCAUUUAUUUUCUGUGAUCAAAGCUAAAUUUUCAGCAUCAUUACUCCAGUCUUCAGUGUCACAUGGUCCUUCAGAAAUCAUUCUAAUAUGCUGAUUUGUAUUGUCAAUAUUUAAAACAGUUAAUUUCAUCAACAGUAAAUUUUUUCAGGAUUUUUUGAUAAAUAGAAAGAUCCAAAGAUCAGCAUUUAUCUGAAAUAAAAAGCUUUGUAACAUUAUAAACUACGAUUCAAAAGCUUGGAGUCAGUAUAAUUUUUUUUUGUUUGUUUGUUUGUUUUUGGGGGAAAGAAAUUGUAGAAAUUAAUACUUUUAUUUAGCAACGAUGCUUUAAAUUGCAUUUAGAACGUUAAAAAAGAUUUCUGUAUUAGAUAAAUGCUGUUCUUCUCAACUUUUUAUUCAUCAGAGAAACCUGAAAACAUUCUACUCAGCUGUUUUCAACAUCAUAAUAAUAAUAAACAUUUUUUGAGCAGCAAAUCUGAAUAUUAGAAUGAUUUCUGAAGGAUCAUGUAAAGACUGGAGUAAAGAUGCUAAAAAUUCAGUUUUAAAAUCACAGGAAUAAAUUACAUUUUAAAAUAUACUCAAAUAGACAAAGUUAUUUUAAAUGGUAAAAAUAUUUUUGGAACAAAUAAAUGCAGGCUUGGUGGGCUGAGGAGACUUUAAAAAACAUUAAAUCUUAAUUAUUUCACAAUGGUUCUAAAACCAGGGUCACAGAAUGACUUACAACUGUAUAUAUUAUUAAUAUAAAUAAUAUAAAAAUCAACUAACAUAGUUAAUAUACAACUUAAUAUUGUUAAUAAUAAAUAAUAAUUCAAAUGUCUAAAUUAAAAUGAUCUAAAUUAAAAUUAAUAAAUAAUAAAUACAUAAACUCAAGAUGUAAACUUUUUUUUAGGGGCCUUCAGUUAUCAAAACGCAAAAAGGUUGAGAGCCACUGCUUAAGAAGAAUGGACCAGUAUCACCACAUAUGACAGCUAAUAAUCACAAACUAAAUAUUAUUUUCUUUGCUAACGUUUAUAAAUGGAGACCUGCUGGGCAGGUGUUUCUGUCCUUUGUAUAUUGAAUGUUUCCAAUCUUUAGGUUGUGACAUUUUGUAUAACUGUUAUGCCACAAUAAGGCCAUUUUGGGAAACCAGAAGCAACCUCAUAUCUUAUGUCAUUUUUUUUUCAAUUUCUGUUUAGGGAAAGUCAAGCGGAGAAGAACAAAAACACAGUGUACUGUAACUAUCAUUAGAUUGUUUGGUCAAACCACUCCAUAACUGUAUUUUACUUGCGUUUAACCUGUCAACAACCUCAUGUAUCUCUUACAUAAUGGUUUGUUACAUAACUGUACCUUUUCUAAACCGAAUAAACAAUGCACAUGAAUAUUUCA